AUGGUAAUGAUUCAACGAUAUAUGGGUGUCAUAAAUUCUAUAUUUUGCAUUGUUUUGGUUCUCAAUAUUGUAGCAGCUAUCAGCAUUAAAGAAAACCAGGAAACAGAAGAAUUUAUUACCAGAUUAUUUGAUCCCGCCUCUGGAUUAUUGGAUGAGGAUACGGCAGAGAUUUUAUGGAUCACUUGCAUGGAAGAUUUGAUUCAUGUAAGGGAAGAUAUUGGAGAUAUUGGCUUAUGCCUACCAAGGGAAUCACAUAGUAGAACCAAUGAAGUUACCACAGAAUUCAGAUCAACUACAAGACAAAACAUCCUAAAUUUGAUUAAUACUUGCAAUCCACGGUUGAAGGAAAGUUUUCUUAACUGUUUGAGAAAAAACAACGUUCCAUUACAAGAUCAAUCCAAGAAUUGGAACACUGCUUACCAGGAGGGUUUAUCCACAAGAUAUCCGCGUCGAGUUUCGCCUCGAUACUUAGCAGAAAAACAAGACAAAGAUGGUGGCGAUGAUGGAUCAUCUAAAAAAGAUAAAAGUAAUAGUGAUUCUGAUAAAUCUUCGAAGAAGAAAUCGUCGAAGUCUUCUGACUCUAAAAGUAAACACGAGAAAGCGGCUUAUAAUGCCAUGGCUUUGGCUGCAAUGGUGACAUUUUUACUUGCAGCAUGUAUCUUUUUAUGUUGUUGUGGAAGUGGUAAAGUUAAUCAAACUGAUGAAAGGCCGCUUCUCAGCAUGAGCAGGAGUGAUUACUCUGUUGGUUCUUCUUCAAAUAAUAACUCCUCAAAAAUUUCAAUAAAUGAGGAGAAACUUGGAGUUCAAUCAAUGAGAAGUAUUUUGGCCGAUGAGAAAAAGAACUCGAUAAAAGAAGAUGCUGCAAGACCAUCAUUUGACCUUAAACCUCCACCUGGUAGGGUAGGAAGUGGAAUUCCACCUUUGAAACCUCCUCCAGGAAGACCAGAUGCUCUUCCACCCGAACCACCAUUAGUUAAGAGUUUUGAUUAUGCCGUUAAUCCGCCGCCGCCACCUCCUCCCCCUAGACUUCAAAUGCCUAGCAGUGGCGCUGUUCUUCCUCCCGGACUACCGAAGCCUGGCGGUGGUGGCCCUCCUCCACCCCCACCGCCGAAACUUGGCAAUAGUGGUCCUAAGCCUCCUCCACCACCACCACCACGUGGAAAACCAGGCGGUCCUCGACCACCACCACCUCCCAAGGGUGGUGGGGGUCCUCCAAAAGCUCCACCUCCAUUUGGUCAAAAAGGUCCCAGACAUGUACGAAGUGGACCAAAUGUUCAAGGGAAAUUUGAAGUUAGUUUAGAAGGUGAAGGUGAAGCUGAUGAUGCUGCUCCUAAAACCAAGUUAAAGCCUUUUUUCUGGGAUAAGGUUCAAGCCAACUCAGAUCAAACUAUGGUUUGGAAUCAACUCAAAGCAGGAUCAUUCCAGUUUAAUGAAGAAAUGAUGGAAACGCUUUUUGGAUAUAGUACUCCAUCAAUGGAGAAAAAAGCUGGACAGAAGAAAGAGUCCAUCCGUGAUGCUCCACCUCAGUUUAUCCAAAUCAUUGAGUCAAAGAAAGCACAAAAUUUAUCAAUUCUGUUGAAAGCAUUAAAUGUGACACUAGAAGAAGUCAGUGAUGCACUACUUGAAGGAAAUGAGCUCCCGAUAGAAUUUCUUCACACGCUGAUAAAGAUGGCACCAACACAAGAGGAAGAACUUAAGCUUAGACUUUUCAGUGGUAGUGCUUCUCAACUUGGUCCUGCAGAUCGGUUCCUUAAAUCUCUGGUUGAGAUUCCAUUUGCUGUUAAACGAAUGGAAGCAUUGCUUUACAUGAGUACUCUUCAAGAGGAACUCACCUCUACUCGGGAUUCUUUCUCAAUUUUAGAGGUUGCUUGUAAGGAACUGAGGAGCAGUAGAUUAUUCCUCAAGCUUCUUGAAGCUGUUCUUAAAACAGGAAACCGAAUGAACGACGGAACAUUCCGCGGAGGUGCACUUGCAUUCAAACUUGACACGCUACUAAAAUUAUCUGAUGUAAAAGGAGUAGAUGGGAAAAUCACCCUCUUACACUUUGUUGUCCAAGAGAUAAUGCGAACAGAAGGAAUAAGAGCAGCUCGAAUGGUGAAAGAGAGCGGCAGUUUCUCUAGUAUAAAAACCGAUGACCUUCUGGAAGAUAUUAAUCAUGAAUCGGAAGAACACUACCGCGAAAUAGGUCUCCAAGUUGUUUCACAUUUGAGCAGUGAUCUUGAGAAUGUGAGGAAAGCGGCAGCAUUAGAUGCGGAUGGCUUGACAAGCACAACAGCUAGAUUAGGCUAUGGUCUUAUAAAAACAAGAGAUUUCUUCAACAAAGAACUGGUGAACAACUUAGAAAACGAUAAAGGGUUCCAUAAGACACUUAAGUGUUUUGUGGAGAAAGCCGAGGUUGAUGUCACAAAUUUGUUAGAAGAGGAGAAGAAAAUCAUGGCUCUUGUGAAGAGUACUGGUGAUUACUUUCAUGGGAGUACAGGGAGAGAUGAAGGGCUGAGAUUGUUUGUAAUAGUUCGCGAUUUCUUAAUAAUGUUGGAUAAGGUGUGCAGAGAGAUUCAAAAAGCACCAAAGAAGCCGAUAAAGAAUGUGAAACAAGAUACAACUAAUGCUAAUUCUAAUGUGAAACAAGAUACAACUAAAGCUAAUUCUAAGAAUGUGAAACAAGAUACAACUAAUGCUAAUUCUAAUGUGAAACAAGAUACAACUAAAGCUAAUUCUAAAGGGUCGUCAACGCGGGAAACUCGUCCUACUCGUCCUCCACCUCCGGAUAUUCGUCAGCGGUUGUUUCCGGCUGUGGUGGAGAGGAGAGUGGAUGAUUUUAGUUCAGAUGAAGACAGUCCAUAG